AAUUAAUAAAGUGUUGUUUUCUUCUCAAAAAACACACAAACAGGUGGUUGUGCCAGGAGAAACCUGCGUGUGUCUCAUUUCCGGGCUGCACUUGAAGGCAGCACCGGGGAUAUAACUAUAGAACUGUGUGGAUGCUUCACUGACACUCUGUAAACGGCAGUUGCCAGAGGGGUAUUAAAAGGAUUCAAAGGAAAAGACACAUACGUCAAACAAAACAAAACAAAUAAGUAAAUAAAUAAAGUGAAAGUUCUCGGUUACAGUUGACAUCCUUAGCCCUCCUCCACUGAACUUUGUCACCCCGUACAGAGGUUCUUGGCGCCCCCUGGCGUCGCAGCACUGGGCUCGGCGUGAGCAGCGUCACUCUCAGCGGCAGCAGCGGCGGCAGCAGCAACAGCAGUUCCCCCGUGUCAGGAGCUCUGCCCCCCGGCCAGUGGUGGAAGUUGUCUCCCCCGUCAGCGCAGCGGCCGGUUCGGGUUCUCGCCGCUGCUUCAGACGCUUUGGUGGCGGAGAGAGAGAACGAUAGAGAUGAGGCGGAAGCAGAAGAGGCUGCUGCAGGUCGCCGGGCUGCUCAUAGCCGCGCUGCUCUUCUUCCCGAACGUCGGGCUGUGGUCGUUGUACCGGGACCGAGUCUUUGACAACUCGCCCGACAACAGCGCGGAGGGUCCGGGCGGCGUUCCCGUGAUUCAGGACGUAAAGCGGCUGGUGAAGGACGCUCAGGUGGGACGUGACGGCGUGCGGAGGAAAGACUGGCACGACUACGAGGCAAUCAAAAGGGACGCGUCUCGCUCGGGUAACGGGGAACAGGGGAAGCCGUUCCCUCUGACCGACGCCGACCGGGUCGACCAGGCGUACAGGGAGAAUGGAUUCAACAUUUACGUCAGCGACCGGAUCUCCCUCAACCGCUCCGUCCCCGACAUCCGUCACCCAAACUGCAAACAGAAGCUGUACUCGGAGGAGCUGCCGACCACCAGCGUCAUCAUCCCGUUCCACAACGAGGGCUGGUCGUCGCUGCUCAGGACGGUUCACAGCGUCCUCAACCGCUCGCCGCCGCAGCUCAUCGCCGAGAUCAUCCUGGUCGACGACUUCAGCGACAAAGAGCACCUGAAGGUGGCGCUGGAGGAGUACAUGGUGCGGCUGCUGAAGGUUCGCAUCCUGAGGACAAAGAAGCGGGAGGGUCUGAUCCGGACUCGCCUGCUGGGCGCAGCUGCUGCGACAGGAGAGGUCAUCACGUUCCUGGACUCUCACUGCGAGGCCAACGUCAACUGGCUGCCUCCGCUGCUGGACCGAAUCGCCCAGAACAGGAAGACGAUCGUGUGCCCGAUGAUCGACGUCAUCGACCACGACAACUUCGGCUACGAGACGCAGGCGGGGAACGCCAUGCGCGGAGCGUUCGACUGGGAGAUGUUCUACAAGCGCAUCCCCAUCCCCGCCGAGCUGCAGAACGACGACCCCAGUGAACCCUUCGAGUCUCCAGUGAUGGCAGGCGGACUGUUUGCUGUGGACAGGAAGUGGUUCUGGGAACUGGGAGGCUACGACACGGGCCUGGAGAUCUGGGGAGGAGAGCAGUACGAGAUCUCGUUCAAGGUGUGGAUGUGUGGUGGACGCAUGGAGGACAUCCCUUGCUCCAGGGUGGGACACAUCUACAGGAAGUAUGUCCCCUACAAAGUUCCCGGAGGCGUCAGUCUGGCCAGGAACCUGAAGCGCGUGGCCGAGGUGUGGAUGGACGAGUACGCCGAGUACAUCUACCAGCGGCGACCCGAGUACCGCCACCUGUCGGCGGGAGACGUCGCCACGCAGAAGGAGCUGAGGAACCGGCUCAACUGCAAGAACUUCAAGUGGUUCAUGAGCGAGGUGGCCUGGGACCUGCCCAAGCACUACCCGCCGGUGGAGCCCCCUGCUGCCGCGUGGGGGGAGAUCCGUAACCUGGGCAGCGACAUGUGUUUGGAGAGUAAACACUUUGUGUCCGGGACGCCCAUCCGUCUGGAGAACUGCGUGAAGGGGCGAGGGGAGGUCAGCUGGAGCCAUGGACAGGUGUUCACGUUCGGCUGGAGGGAGGACGUCCGGGUGGGCGACCCCAUGCACACCAAGAAGGUCUGCUUCGACGCCAUCUCCCACAACAGUCCCGUCACUCUCUACGACUGUCACGGCAUGAAGGGCAACCAGCUGUGGCGCUACAGAAAAGACAAGAGCCUGUUCCACCCGGUCAGUAACAGCUGCGUGGACACGAACGCCAGCGAGCGGCGAGUCUUCAUGAACACGUGCGACGCGUCGUCCCCGAGUCAGCAGUGGCAGUUUGAGAGGACCAACGGCACCGUGCUGGAGAACUUCAACCGCGCCUCCGUGUGAGGCCGCCCGGCGUCUGAGAGCCGCUGAACUGAUGCUGCUGGGAAAACAAGGAUCUUCACAUCGCCUCUGCUUUCCCCUUUUUUCUCUCUUUUUUUUUUAAGUGACAGCUGCUUCUCUUUGGGAACGCUCGCUCGGUAUCUGUCGCGUCCGUCUCUGCGUCCCUGCUGAUCUGCUUCAUCCCGCACGUCCGCCUCCAUCUUCCCCGCACCGCUGCACCUUUGCCCACCUCCUCCUCUGUUGUCCCGUCUCAAAUCACCCCAUGUCUGUGCAGCUCUGACAACCUCCCCAGAGAUGGUACAGGAGGAGGAAGAGGAGGAGGGGGCCAAGUCAUCCUGACACCUGGGUGCAGCCAAGCAGAACCACUCUGAAAAUCACCAGGUGAAUUGAUUCUCCUCUUCAGCCCAGAUCCAACCAUCUGCUCCUCAUCCUUCACCCUCGCCUGUGCCGCGCUCUCGGGGGCAGUCGCUGCGCUGCGAGUGCAGCAGCUGGAAGACGACGGAGAGAGAACCCAGACAACUCCUCGCUGUUUUUAUCCAUGAACUCUGCUCGACUUUGUUGUUUAUUUAUUAUUUGGUUCCUCGUA